AUGAAAAAAGGAUUAGCUCUUAUUAUUAUUUUUUUCCUCUUAAUUUAAUAUACCGAAUAGUAUUGCAUAACAUAAUUUAAAUAACAACAAUCAAUAUUGAAAGGUAAUCACAAAAAUGUGCUAUAAUUAUAAAAAGGAUCAUUGAUAUCGUCAAAAAAAAUAAAUUUUUUCGAAUAUGGGAAUAAUGCAUCUUUUUUAAAAGAUAAUCCAUAUACAAUUAUGACAAAUGGAGUAGAUUUCACUUAUUGUCAAUUGGGCAAAUAUAUUUCCAUGACACCUAUGUAAAAAUAUUUACUAAAUACAUUAAAAAUUUGGCUUUGGGAAUUUGACUAUAUUUUCUAGAAUUAAUUCAGGUAUUACGAUAUUAUCAUUUAUGCAAUAUUAAAUAACGAAAAAACAAAGAUUUAUGAAAACAAAUAAGCAAAUUGCAUAGUAACAAUUGAAUUUCCUGAUUAGUUUGUGGAAGAAUUUUAAGUAUUAAAUGUAGGAGGAAAUACAAUAAAUAUGGAAUUACAUAUCAUAAAAGCUGAAGCUUAUUAUAAAUAUUCAUGA